CCCACAACCCCAUCACAUCCAUCACAAUGGCCGUUGGACGCAGCGCUGCUCUCAAGCUCGACUGGACAAAGAUCGGCACGCAGCUGGGCCUUAAAGGCAACACUGCUGCCGCUCUCCAAUCCUUCAAGAAGCGCAACGACGAUGCGCGCCGCAAAGUGACGGUCCUCUCCGAGCAGGCGCAAACCGUCGACUUCCAGCACUACCGCAGCAUCCUCAAGAACCAGGCCAUCGUCGACGACAUCGAGAAGCAAUUCAGCGCUUUCAAGCCCCAGACCUACGACGUGAGCAGGCAGAUCAAGGCGAUUGAGGCCUUUGAGGCACAGGCUCUCCAGAGCGCCGAGCAGACCAAGAGCGUCGUGGACAAGGAGCUGAGCGAUUUGGAGAAGACCCUGAAGAACAUUGAGGAAGCCAGGCCAUUCUCCGACUUGACUGUGGACGAGGUUGCGGCUGCUCAGCCCGACAUCGACAAGCGCACCGAGCAGCUCGUUUCCAAGGGCCGCUGGGCCGUCCCUGGCUACAAGGCAAAAGUUCGGCGACCUUUCCGUCCUCUAAGCAUCUCUUUUCAUAUAGCCAAACCAUGCCCUGUCUGGGUUGUAUUACCACAUAUUGUGAAUAGUUCCCGGAAUGCAAGCAUAGAGUUCGAUGUUCACAGCGAUGCUUUUUGCAUCAGCCCCGGUCUUUGGUCAGUUGACGCCAUGCUAUAG